CUCCUUGACAAGGCGCUGAAUCUCAAGGCCGAUGGCAACAAAGCUUUCACCUCCAAACCACCCAAGCUCGAAGUUGCACGCGAUAACUAUCUAUGCGCACUCGACUGUCUUCCUGCUGUCCCGAAACAUCUUCCGCCACCAAAACUUGACGAGAACCGUUUCACUGAGAUCUCGGACGAGGAGGCGGAACAGAUCAACCUCGACUGGGAGACGGGAGCAGAACGCGUGGCCGUUGACAACGACAUCCGCGACGCAGAGAAGGCAAUCUGGGGCAACCUAGGUGCCGUGUACGGGCAGCAGAAAUUGUAUAAGGAGGAGGUCGACGCUUGCACUCGCGCACUCAGCUUUGAUCCGCACUAUGUCAAGGCUCUGCAUCGCCGUGCGUCCGCCAAUGAACACAUCGGGACAUGGUCUUCGCUCGUCAGCGCUCAGCGAGACUGUCAACUUUUGCUCUCUCUGCUGCCACCCGACUCGACCGUUGCAGCCAACGUGUCCAAGGCUCUCGACACGCUGCCCCAGCGCAUCGCCGCGGCACAGAAGCGUGAGGAGACGGAAGUCGGCAUCAAAUUUGGCGGGCUAAGCACCAAGUAG